AAUUACUGGCGAGAGAGCUCUAGACCAACUUAGUACUGAACCCAUUACUUUUCCAAGAUUAGAAAAAUAUUACACUAACAGGAACCAUUUCUCCAUCUCAUUCAGAUAAGAAUUUAAGGUUUUAAUCUGUAUCUUUUACCUGGAACAAUUAACUGCACCAUAACAAGACAUGCAGCCUGGCUGCAUAUAUUUAAGCACUUCUGUUAAUCUCUCUUCCUUUCUCUCUCUCUUUUAUUGAUUUAUGUUUUGGAUAGCUUUGACAUUGUAAACCACAGACGAAUUGGAGCCUCGCAUUGAAAAGAGGUGUUGUGCAACGAAUUUUUUCUUGUCUAAAGAAGUUUACUUUUGCAAGAGGGAAUCUGAAAGAUGACAGGCGCAAAGAGGAAAAAGAAAAACGUGCUCUGGAGCAAGAUGCAUACCCCUCAUUGGGAAGACUUCAAACAGUGGUGUAGAAAACGACUACCUAUUUUGGAAUGGGCACCACAUUACAAUCUGAAAGAAAACUUGCUUCCAGACACAGUGUCUGGGAUAAUGUUGGCCGUUCAACAGGUGACACAAGGGUUGGCCUUUGCUAUUCUCUCAUCUGUGCACCCAGUCUUUGGUUUAUAUGGGUCUCUGUUUCCUGCCAUCAUUUACGCCAUGUUUGGAAUGGGACAUCAUGUUGCCACAGGCACCUUUGCCUUGACAUCCUUAAUAUCAGCCAAUGCAGUGGAACGGCUUGUCCCUCUGAGCGUCCAGAAUCUCACCACACAGAGUAACACAAGUGUGCUGGGCUUGUCUGACUUUGAGAUGCAAAGGAUUGGUGUUGCUGCAGCCGUUUCCUUCUUGGGAGGUGUGAUUCAGGUGGCCAUGUUUGUGCUACAACUGGGCAGUGCCACAUUCCUGCUCACGGAGCCUGUGAUCAGUGCAAUGACAACUGGGGCUGCCACCCAUGUUGUGACUUCACAAGUCAAGUAUCUCUUGGGAAUGAAAAUUCCAUAUAUAUCUGGACCACUCACAUUCUUUUACAUCUAUGUAUAUGUCUUUGAGAACAUCAGGUCUGUCCGACUGGAGGCACUGCUCUUAUCCUUGUUGAGCAUCAUGGUGCUUGUUCUGGUUAAAGAGCUGAAUGAACAGUUUAAAAGGAAAAUUAAAGUUGUUCUUCCUGUCGAUUUAGUUUUGAUUAUUGCCUCAUCAUUUGCUUGUUAUUGUACCAGUAUGGAAAAAACAUAUGGAUUAGAAGUAGUUGGUCAUAUUCCAAAAGGAAUUCCUCCACCUAGAGCUCCUUCAAUGCAUGUCCUCUCUGCAGUAAUCACUGAAGCUUUUGGAGUGGCACUUGUAGGAUAUGUGGCCUCACUGGCUCUUGCUCAAGGAUCUGCUAAAAAAUUCAAAUAUUCAGUUGAUGACAACCAGGAGCUUUUGGCCCAUGGCCUCAGCAAUGUGAUUCCUUCAUUUUUCUUCUGCAUACCAAGUGCUGCUGCCAUGGGAAGGACUGCUGUCCUCUACAGCACCAGAGCGAAGACACAGUGUGUUCUUGCAAGUAUUAUUGUCGUGGGACUGAAGGGAAUGCUAAUACAGUUUCGUGAUUUAAAAAAAUAUUGGAAUGUGGAUAAAAUCGAUUGGGGCAUAUGGGUCAGUACCUAUGUAUUUACAAUAUGUUUUGCUGCCAAUGUGGGGCUGCUGUUUGGUGUUGUCUGUACCAUAGCUAUCGUGAUUGCUCGCUUCCCAAGAGCAAAGACUCUGAGUAUAAAAAACAUAAAAGAAAUGGAAUUUAAAGUGAAGACAGAAGUGGAUGGCGAAACCCUGAAGCAGGUGAAAAUUGUCUCAAUAAACAACCCACUUGUUUUCCUGAAUGUGAAGAAGUUUCACACUGAUCUAAUAAACAUAAUCCAAAAGGAAAAUGCCAGCAACCUGCUACUGGAUGAUAUCAGCAAGUGUGAACAAAACACCUUGCUCAGUCCUCUAUCCAAUGGCAACUGCAGUGAAGAAGCUUCACAGCCCUGCCAGAAUGAGAAGUGUUCUUUAAUCCUGGAUUGCAGUGGGUUGACCUUUUUUGACUAUUCUGGAGUCUCCAUGCUUGUUGAGGUUUACAUGGACUGUCAGAACCAGAGUGUGGAUGUAUCUUUGGCCCAUUGCACAGCUUCCUUGAUAAAAGCAAUGAAGUACCAUGGAAACCUAGACUCAGAGAAACCAAUUUUUUUUGAAUCUGUGUCUGCUGCAAUAAGUAACAUCCAUUCAAAUAAGAAUUUGAGCAAACUCAGUGACCACAGUGAAGUCUGAGAUGCUUUUGUGGCAGCACAGCUCUUAUCUUAAGCAACUGCCGUGAAGAGGCCACACACUAGCAUUUUGCACACCCUUAUUUGCUGUUUAGAUUCUACAGAUGACCUCCACCACAAGUAUGAUGUGACUUCGUAACCACAUAUCUGCUGGUCAAGAUUUGCCAACAAUUUUUUCUAAUUUUUGUUAGUAAGCAGAUUCACUUAGCAGAUUAUUAUAUAGUUAUUUUAUAAAAAUCAGUGCACAUUUAGUUUUAGUGUAGUGAAAGGUAAAGAUGAAUUUAUUUCCUUUUACCAUAGUAUUUUGUGUUGUUUUAUUUCUGUUUUGUUGUAAGUUAAUUUAUAAAACUGAGAAACCCUUUGUCAUAAGAGAUUUGGAACAUUUGCAAGCCAUUUGUAAAAAUCCAAGAUCAUCUGUAAUUAUACGUAAAAACAACUUAGCAAAUGUGGCAUUUUCUCCUACCAAAGAAAGGCGUUAAACAUCAAUAAAGUUGUGUUUCUUUAUACAAUAUGAUAUGAGAUUCACAGAAGUCAAACAAAAACAAAUGACAAACUAGAAACCAUUGUUCUGCACACCUUUCCAUGCAUGAAAAUCUUCAAGAAUGUUUUCACGAUAACUGGUAUCCCAAUGAAGCCAAGUUCUUGACAUUAGUCUGUUUUGCUGUGAAUAUUGGAAAUGCUUAGGAUCGUAAGACCUGAUAGCCCUAAUUUCCACAUUCCAUGUAAAAGUCUCUGUUUUCAGCUUAAGGUUUGCUGGAGCCAGAGAAUGUAGAUGUUGCACAUUUUCUAUUUUUUCACAAAUAAGAUUUUUAGUUUGUUAUGGUAAGGAAAAUCGGCCCUGAGCUAACAUCUGGUGUUGAUCCUUCCCUUUUUCCUUGAGGAAGAUUGUCCCUGA